AUGUGGAAACCAACGCAAUCGUUGAUGGAGACCAUCACCCACUACAGCCAAUUCCCAGCAACCGGUGUGAGCUUACGGCAAAUGGUCCAGUUUGGGCGAAAUCCUUCACCAGGGACCUUAUUUCGGGCUUCCCAAUUUCUCAGCGAAGAGCUGCCAAUUCGAUUGGCACAUCGAGUAAAAGAGUUGAAUCAACUGCCGGAUGGUCUAAGUGAUAUGCCUUCUAUCCGAAGAGUCGCGAAUUGGUACAUGCAGUCGUUUGAGGAAAUUACCACUUUACAAAAGCCAAGUUUAUCAAAGGAUAUAAGGGAUAAAUUAAUAAAAGGUUCGCGGGAUAAUGGUGUUCCACCGAUUCCAUUGGAGGUUAUAGAAAACCCAGACAUCGAGCCGGGAACAUAUAGAAGCUCGCCAUGGCAGCCGACAAACGGUAAUGGGAAUGGUAUCCGGAAUGGAAGAAAAGCCCAGAGGCGGUAUUAUGCAACUGUAGACGACGAUGUGCGGUGGCCCCCAGAAAUUGUGGACUACAACAGACGCUUUACAAAGACCCUCCAAAACAUUAAACAUCGUCAUGACCCCGUUGUCACUACAAUGGCAAUGGGAAUUAACGAGUAUAAGCGCAAGAGGCAAAGAAUGCAAAUCGAUAACUCGAUCCAAUCCUUCUUGGACCGGUUUUACAUGUCCCGGAUUGGUAUCCGUAUGCUUAUUGGUCAACAUGUGGCCCUGAACUCGGCUCCUGAACAGGAAGACUACGUGGGAAUAAUCUGCACAAAGACAAACGUCCGGGACUUGGCUCAAGAAGCCAUUGAAAAUGCGAGAUUUGUGUGCGAAGAUUACUACGGCCUAUUCGACGCCCCGAAAGUGCAACUAGUAUGCAAGCCUGAUCUGAACUUUAUGUAUGUGCCAGGUCACUUGAGUCACAUGCUCUUCGAGACUUUAAAGAACUCCCUACGAGCUGUGGUGGAGACACAUGGAAGUGAUUCCGAGGAGUUCCCGCCGGUAAAGUUGAUCGUAGCAGAGGGUAAAGAGGAUAUCACUAUAAAGAUUUCUGACGAAGGUGGCGGGAUACCACGGAGUGCUAUACCCUUGGUAUGGACAUACAUGUACACCACCGUUGAGUCAACACCGCCAAUCGACCCCGACUUCAAUAAGAGCGACUUCAAGGCUCCUAUGGCUGGGUUUGGCUACGGACUUCCGAUAUCACGACUGUACGCUCGAUACUUUGGAGGAGACUUAAAGUUGAUAAGCAUGGAAGGAUAUGGCACCGAUGUUUAUUUACAUCUAAACCGCUUGAGUAGUUCUUCGGAGCCCCUGCAAUAA